UUUAUUGCUGUCUUUUCAUCACCUCCCCACUGCCGCAAUCUCUCUCUUUCCUUGCUUCCUUUUCCCCUUCCUCGGAGUCGUGACGCAUUGUCUCUCUUCCUCUCCUCCAAAUCACCGAAGAAUCUCGCGGGAAAUCGCCUCUUAGGGCAUCGGAUCCACUGCCGAUUGCACUUCCCAGCGCGCCUUUCGACGGCGGGAUGAUUCUCUUAGUCUCUGUGUGAUGAGGGAGUAGUAGAUCUGUAUGGUGCGAUGGCGGCGAUGCAGAAGUUGUCGGCCCAGAGCUACAGCUCGUGUCGAGCGGACGCGGGCGAGUCAACGGUUUUGUCGUCUCCGGAGCUGUUCCCGGCGGGGCUGAGGGUUCUUGUGGUCGAUGAUGACGUCACGUGCCUGAAGAUCCUGGAGCACAUGCUUCAGAAAUGCCGGUACCAUGUUACAACUUGUUCCGAAGCCUUGACAGCAUUAUCCCUUCUUCGAGAAAGGAAGGGUGGAUUUGAUGUGGUAAUCAGCGAUGUUCACAUGCCUGACAUGGAUGGAUUUAAACUACUUGAACUUGUUGGUCUUGAAAUGGACCUGCCAGUUAUUAUGAUGUCAGCUGAUGGGAGAACCAGUGCCGUGAUGAGAGGAAUAAAGCAUGGUGCAUGCGAUUAUUUAAUAAAGCCAGUGCGAAUAGAAGAGUUAAAGAAUAUUUGGCAGCAUGUUGUUCGAAAGAAGUGGAAUGAGAAUAGAGAUGUGGAACAUUCAGGUAGUUUUGAGGAUUCUGACCGCCAAAGGCGAUUGGCUGAUGAAGCUGAAUAUGAUUCUUCAAUAAAUGAAGGGACAGAUGGCUCAUGGAAAUCUCAGAAAAAGAAAAGGGAUUCUAAGGAUGAUGAAGAAGAUGGUGAACUGGAUAAUGAAGAUCCUUCAGCAUCGAAGAAACCACGGGUGGUGUGGUCAGUGGAACUUCAUCAGCAGUUUGUUAAUGCUGUCAAUCAGCUUGGCAUAGACAAGGCUGUCCCAAAGAGGAUUCUGGAAUUAAUGAACGUUCCUGGUUUAACUAGGGAAAAUGUGGCGAGCCAUUUACAGAAAUUCAGAUUGUAUUUGAAGAGAAUAAGCGGUGUGACUCAACAUCAAAGUGUGCUACCUAAUCCAUUCUGCGCUCCAGUGGAGCCAAAUACAAAAGUGGGUUCGGUAGGAAGGCUCGACUUCCACUCUCUUGCUGCGACGGGUCAAAUACCACCACAGACCCUUGCUGUCUUGCAUGCAGAGCUCUUAGGUCGACCUUCAGGCAACAUUGUGUUGCCUGCGAUAGAUUCGACAGUUCUUUUGCAAGCGUCAAGCCAAAAUUCAAAGUUUUUACCUUCCGAGAAGGAAAUAGCUUUUGGUCAGCCUCUAUUUAAAUGCCAAUCUGGAAUAUCAAAGCCGUGCCCCCCAUCAGGAAUCAACACUCAAGACACGCCGUCCAGUUUUUCAUCUUGGCCAUCUAGUCAGGUUGCCAUUACAGCUUCCAACAAUGAACUUGGAGGAUUAAACAACGCACAGAAUAAUCAUUUAUUGAUGCAAAUGUUGCAGCAUCAACAGCAACAGCAACACCAUCAAGAAGAGCCAUUUAAUCUUGUGGCCUCAGAAUCUCAUAAUGCCAUCAAUGUGCAGCCCUCAUGUCUUGUAGUUCCAUCCCAGUUACCAAGCAGUUUAAAUGGUGGAAAUUGCUCCAUGGUUGUAGCCCCUCAACAAUCAAGCAAUAUUAAGCUAGGAAGCAGUUCAGUGCCAACUUCAAAUUCUACCUUUAAUGGCACUGGUAUUACCUUCGAUUAUACCAUCCAUUCUUCUCAGUCAACCAAUGCGACGUUGGGCAUGGGACGAACUGAUUCAGAUUUCAAGAAUAUUGGCCUGUCAAGUAGCUUUUCUCCUCUGGCUUCGGUUUCACCAUCAGUUUCAUCUAGUUCAGUCUGCACAAGUGUUGGUGGUUGGAGGUUGCAGAACUCUAACAUGAAUUUUGGUUUUCAUAAAUCCUUGGGACAGGUUCCUAAUUCACGCUUUCUGGGUCCUGAGGUGAAGUCGCCGGCAAUAUCAGUUAAUUAUGAAAAUGUAAGGAAUUCGGGUUUUGUUGGUAAAGGCACUUGCCUGCCUAGUAGAUUUGCUGUAGAUGACAUUGAAUCACCCACAAAUGACUGGAAUAACAUGAAGAUGAGUAUGUUUGAUGACGUGGACAAAGUGAAGCAAGAGCUCAAUUUGGACUUUUUGGAGGGUUCUAAAGUUGAAAAAACUAUGCUCCCGAAUUUUCCGUCGAACGAUUUUAUGGGUGUCGUGUCCAAGUAGAGAUUCUCAGCCAGGAUGUUUCCUCAAAUCCUAGCAGUGCUUGCUUACCACAUCCCAGUUCAAGGAAAUAGGUCCACGUGGACUACUAGAUUUCAUCACAGCAUGAGCACAGAAGUUAGGGCACAAUUUGAAUAUUUAGGAGGGACGGUAGUCGUAGCAGCACUCACAUAUAUAUCCUUGCUUCUCUUUUGUUGAUUGCUCGAUAGGUUGAUUUGGAAACAUUAGUAUUUGUUGUGUAUUAUAAUCUUUCUAUGCAAUUGGAGAAAAGUAAAAAAAAUAAUAAUAAAAAAAUUUAUAUGACUCCCUCCCAAUAGUUUUUUGGGCUGUUUUUUUUUUUCCACCCAUAGCAGGCUCACAAAAUAAACGUAUUGGAUGCAAUAUUUUGGAUUUUUAAUCGUGCCAUUUGUAUCAUGUAGCAUGAGUAGGCUCUUGUCUGUUGAUCACAUUAGCUGUGCCAAAUGUAAAUGUUU